AUGUAUGAUCUCCUGGAUCUCGAAGAUAUGACAGAUUUCGAAGGUCAGAACUUCGCAUUCCGGCUACAUAUUGAGAGUGCCGGUUGUAUUUCAGAAGACAUCGCUCAAGCGCUCUCAAGAAAUAGCUCGGGAACUUCAACUAAUGGAAUUACUGAAAAAGUGAAACGUUUGUACGGUCCAUCUGAUAUGGUGAAAGUUUUCGUACCAGUCUCUAUUACAAUGUUCAUUGUCGUAAUCUGUGUGAGAAAUUUCGAUAUCUACCAUGGCAAGAAUCUCAUACCAACGCCAUAUGUGAUCUAUAAUGAACCGGCUGCUGAGCCAGGGACAAAAUUCUUACACGCUGUGGCAAACGCGGCCGCCUUCUUAGUUGUUGUCGUUAUUUCAACAUUUGUACUUUUAUGUCUUUUUUACUACAAAUUUUAUUGUGUAAGGAUAUAUAUAUGUAAGCCCUUUAGCUCACCUCAUAAAAUCACUUUAUUAGUUUUUUUAAAGGCAUCAUUAAUAUUAAUCUCUGUCACCGUGACACUUACUAUAAUGCAAGUUCUCCCUCAAUGGACGAGCUGGGUAUUACUUGUCACGCUGGCUCUAUGGGAUUUAUUCGCUGUGCUCACACCUUGUGGUCCACUGAAAUUGCUUGUCGAAACAGCAGAAGAACGUGGUGAAGAUCUUAUGCCGGCUAUUAUCUAUAGGAAUAUACGCCUUGGUUUGGGUGACUUCAUCUUCUACUCGCUUCUUGUCGGAACUGCGUCGACACACGGUGACUGGGCAACCACCCUUGCUUGUUUCGUGUCUAUCUUAACCGGUCUUGGUUUCACUCUUGUUCUCCUAGUUCUACUUCAAAAGGCACUGCCAGCACUACCAAUAUCCGUCACACUCGGUGUGAUCGCCUACUUCUCAUCACGAUUCGCUAUGUCGAAAUUUGCACUGGAGUUGAACAGAAAGCAGACCUUCAUUUAG